CGACAAUACCAAAACGCCUUGCUUUCGUUUCACGGCGGGCGUGUGAAAGACGGGUACCCAGAACCCGCCAUUCCUCCAGUGCUCCAGCACAGUUCUUGACCCCCAACCAAGUCCGUCAUCCACUCCACGCAGCCGUUGCUGGAUUUUUGUCUUUCUUCUCGCAUCAACACCCAAUUUACACACCGCACCUACACCGGCCAGCCGACACCCGUAGUCGUCGACAACAACAGCCAACAUGCCUAAGAACAAGGGAAAGGGUGGUAAGAACAGGAGAAGAGGAAAGAACGAGAACGACAAUGAGAAGCGCGAGUUGACCUUCAAGGAGGAGGGUCAAGAGUACGCUCAGGUCAUCAAGAUGCUGGGUAACGGCAGACUCGAGGCUAUGUGCUUCGACGGUGUCAAGCGCCUCGGUCUCAUCCGCGGCAAGCUUCGCAAGAAGAUCUGGAUCAACAACGGUGACAUCAUCCUUGUCUCCCUCCGUGAGUACCAGGAUGAGAAGGGUGAUGUUAUCCUCAAGUACUCUGCCGACGAGGCCCGUUCUCUGAAGGCCUACGGCGAGCUUCCCGACACCGCCAAGAUCAACGAGACCGACACCUUCGGCCCCAACGAGGACGGCGACUGCGGCUUCGAGUUCGACGAGGACCGUGACUCCGAGGAGGAGGAUGGCGCCGAGGCCGGUGGCAAGGCCGUUGAUAUCGACGACAUCUAAACGUGUCGUUGCCUUCUCAACACCAUAUCGUCGCCUCAUUCUUCUCGGCACCUAAGAGGAAAAGAGGCAACAAACACCAAAUUGUUACCGAAACAUGCGAAAUAACGCCACCCUUUCCCAACUUCCCCCUUCUUCCUAUCCACUCCCUUUUACGUCCUUCUCUCCAAGUCGGUAUCCCCAAAGGGUCUGGCCAGGAAGUAAAGGGGUCGUCCAGGAAAGUCCAAAAAAGCUGUCUUCUCUCUCAAACCAUUCUGGUGGUCUCUGUUUUCGGUGUGUGUCGGCCGUACGCAGCCAGCCCACGUUUUUUUUUCAACCCAUCAACCAUAACCGUUAACAGCAGCAGCCAGUUUGGUUCCCCGACAGUUUGGUGUGCCUAUUAUUUCCUUGUUUUUCCGGUAACAAGACAAGAAACAAAUCUUACGAACAAAAUCAGGAGGAGGAGAAUCGGAGCCAGGUACAAUGGUGGGAGGGACGUCAUUUACCUGGGUCCGGUUAGUUGGUUUGCGGGACUCGAGGUCCUACAACCAGGCAGAACGAAGGAGGAAGGCUGGCAGAGUAAAAAAGUUAAAAAAAGGGGGGGCGAAGGACAUAAAGAGCAUCGAUCCAUCCGCAAUGAAAAGAGGAUGGUUACGUGCACUCUGGGAUAUUAAAAGGGGUUAGGCUGUUUUUAUGAUAGGAUGGCUUUGUCAUAAACGUCUUUUAUGUUCUUUUAGGGGGCUCUCUCAUGUCUGGUUUCUUUUUCUUUUUUUUUUUCCCUCUCUCGAGCUAGGAAAUGGUAUUUUGGUACGAUCACACAUUACUAGGCUUCUCGGUUCACGCGAGAUGUGUCUGUCGGUCACUGGAAUGUGACCCUGUAAGAGCCAAAGCACGUCCUUGUUCUACUCGAGGACAAGACGCAACAUGUGUUAAACAGCACCUCUUCAUCCCCUCCUCGCUCAAGUCCCCAUCCGGCUAUGUACAUAUAUCAUUUUUCGUUCCUCUUCUUGCUCCUUGCAAGACCCGCCCGCACCGCCCAGUAAAAGUCUUGCUUGUAACAACAUUCCAUCAACCUCACUAGAAGAG